CAACUUUCUUCUGCACCCUCACUUCUUCUGCUAAACUUAUGACAUGGAAAUCUUUAAAAAUUCCGAUGAGGUAUGUUUAUAAUUCUCUUUAUUGGAAACUUUCUGACUCCAAUAAAAGAAAAAUGUAUAGAGUAUUUGUGAAAUGUGUCAUUUGCCCCUGUUACCCGUCUAACAAGGAGGAGAGACUGAGGAUGAGGGCUGCUGUUUUGGAGGAGAAUGUCAAAUCUUGUGAGCUGGAGUGUAAAGCCAGCAGAGAGACGGUGCAGAGGCGGAUGGCAGAGCUGGAUCAGGAGAAGAAGAAGACAGCCAGCAGUGCAGCAGCACUUGAUUCUCUCAAAGAGGAGUUGGAAGGCCUGGUGGUGGGAAGGAGGGGCGUGGAGACAGAGAAACGGACCUUAGGCGAAAGCCUUGACGCCAGCAGGAGAGUGAUAGAGGCGGCCAGACGAGAGUCCUGCUGUUUGGAGAAACGGGUGGAGGAGUGUAAGUCCAAGGCCCAGGCGGCUGAAUUGAAACUUCAGCGGUUCCUGGCGAAGGUGGCUGGUCUACUGCAGGAGAACACUGAGCAGGAGUUCCUGCCCACAGAGAGAGACGUCUUGCACCAUCUGGACAACUUCUGUAAUAAGACCGUAUCACAGGUAGAGAUGAGAUUGCGUCACACCUCUGAGGAGCUGGAAAAGCUGACGGCGCUCCAACUCAGCACGCUGCAGAGGGCUCAGCUUGCCGAGCAACAAGUCCAGGACCUGAGGAGGCAACUGCAGAGUCUGGCGACGGAGCGGCUGGAGGAAGGGCUGCAUCGGGACGAACUACGACGCAGCAACAAACAAGUGAGAGAAUUUGUGGAGCGGCUGUCUGAGACGAUGAAGGUCGACGGUAUUGACCCUGACCUGGGCUUCGACAUGAGGCUGAAACGCCGGUCACGCGCAGAACAGCUUGACAGGCAAGAGGCGGCUGCUCUGGUGGAGAGCAAAACGCAGACAUACGGCUUAAAGCAGAAGGUAAAGUCCCAGAAGGACCAGCUGGACAGAAAAGAACUCCACGUCCAGCUUUUGAGGAAAAAGGUUUUAGAGCUGGAGGAGGAGAGGAGAAGUCGAUCUGUCCUGUCUGCAGAACAAAACGACGCUCUUCUGGAGGACCGGAAGUUUAAAAAAAGGCUGGAGCGAGUCCAGGGAGAACUGAGGGCGACCAAACUGUCCAACACUGAGCUCAAGGCCCAGCUCACCCACACCAACGAGCUCAAGGUAGAGGGGAGAAAGCAGAGUCAGACCGUGCAGAAGCUGAAGAUGAAUCCACUGCUGAACGGGAAGGUGAAGGCGGAGAAGAAGCUGAGCAUGGUCAGCUCGGACCUGCAGGACCAGGAGAAGAAGACGAGAGAGGAGCAAGAGCAGCUCGACGUCCUCAGAGUCAGCCUGGCUCAGCUGUCUGAACGGCAGAGGGAGCUGCUGGAUUUCCAGUCAAAGGUUUCUCAGACGCUGGGCCUGAACUCCACAUCUUUAUCUCUUUCAAACGAUGAAAUCUUCCAACUGCUUGAGGAGCUUCUUCACAGCCAUCAUCAUCAUGUCUGCCAUCACCAUGACGCUACAACCUGCCAUUGCUCCACUCACCACAGUCUUCCUCUGCUGCCAGACCUUCCUGAAGGUCGUUCCACCUCGGAUGAUUCUGUCUCAGGUUCUCCAUUUGCUGCCAUCUAAAGGUCUUUAUGUACAACAAAUGCCACCUAAGAUUCUGACAAAUACGUUAUUUAGCAACCAGGGCAUUAAAGUUAUUUUCAUUAAUAAAAUGGACAAAAGAAAAAUCAGAUUAAAGACAAGAUUCGGAGUGAGGAUUUGGCAUUCAUUAUUGUUGGUAGUUGCAUAUACAUCUUUUUUCAUAGUAAUCUUCUGACUAUGUACACAUGUUAAAUAAUUCUGGACUUUUAUAUAUUUUAUACUCAACCAACAGUCAUACAAAAUAUACAUUAGUUCUAUGUGUCAUAGUUUUGAUCUUUAAGAUACCAGAUGUUUUGAAAAAAUAAAAAGCAGAAUGUAAAAAGAUCAUGAUGUUAAAGGUUAAACGCUUGAUUUGUGUCCGAUCACAAAACACUUGGCUUGACAGAUGGACAUGAAUGGAUGUAGUUCAAGUUAAAAACGUACAGUUUAGCACAAACACAGUCGUAGAUGUAAGUAAAUAAAAGUAAAUAUUAAAACCACAUGCCCAAAACACAGGUAAAAAAAAA